AGUUUCUACGUUUGUUUUAUGUGUCAACAGAAUUAAAUUCUACGUUUAAUCCUAGGAAGAACGGAGGAGCGUGUAACUUAUUAAAAUAAAUUAUAUAUUCAAGUGGACGAUUUGUAAUUGAAGUGCGCAUUGUCUUUGGUGCCUCGGUUUUGCCAUCUGAUUCAUUUGAAAUAUACAUCAUAUCGUUAAUAACACCAAUUGGUUUAUCUGCACACCAUUCUCUUCUCCAUCCUGCACUAUACUAGCUUGUGUUUUCUUGUGUUCUGCAUGUGUUGAGGGGGCUGUGAGCGUUACAAUGGCGGAGUUGGUGGCCACCAUGGCGAUCCGGCCACUGGUGUGCAUGCUGAUGAACAAGGCGUCCAGCUCCCUCCUGGACCAGUACAAGGUGAUGGAGGGAAUGGAGAAGCAGCACAGAAUUCUCAAACGCAAGCUUCCAGCCAUCCUUGAUGUCAUCACCGACGCCGAGGAGCAGGCAACGGCACACAGAGAAGGUGCGAAAGCCUGGCUCCAGGAGCUCAAGAUAGUGGCAUAUAAAGCAAAUGAAGUCUUUGACGAAUUCAAAUACGAAGCACUCCGACGUGAAGCCAAGAAGAAUGGGCACUGCACCAAGCUCGGCUUCAAUGUAAUCAAACUCUACCCUACUCACAACCGUGUUGUGUUCCGUUACAAAAUGGGUCGCAAGCUUUGCCAGAUUCUACAGGCCAUCGAGGUACUCAUAGUAGAGAUGCAGGUCUUUGGGUUCAAGUACCAACCACAACCACCAGUCUCCAAGCAGUGGAGGCAAACAGAUUAUGUUAUCAUCGACCCAAGAGAAAUUGUUGGCAGAUCUAGAGGCAAAGAUAAGAAGAAUAUUGUUGAUACACUAUUUGGUCAAUCUACCAAUGUAGAUCUCACCAUUGUACCCAUUGUUGGAAUGGGUGGCCUUGGCAAAACCACGUUAGCACAGCUCAUAUACAAUGAACCUGAAAUUCAGAAGCAUUUCCAGUUGCUACUUUGGGUCUGUGUCUCUGAUACUUUUGAUGUGAACUCCCUGGCUAAGAGUAUAGUUGAAGCAUCUCCCAACAAAAAUAAUGAUACAGACAAACCACCACUCGAGAGACUUAAAAAAUUGGUUAGUGGACAGAGGUUUCUCCUUGUACUGGAUGAUGUGUGGAACAGAGAGGUCUAUAAGUGGGAAAGGCUGAAGGUCUGUCUUCAACAUGGUGGCAUGGGUAGUGCAAUGUUAACAACAACUCGUGAUAAACAAGUCGCUGAAAUUAUGGGUGCAGGUAGAGCCUACAAUCUCAAUAUUUUGGAGGAUUGCUUCGUAAAGGAAAUUAUUGAGGCUAGAGCAUUCAGUUCCGAGAAAGAAAAGCCUGUCGAGUUAAGCAAGAUGGUUGAUGAGAUUGUAAGCAGAUGUUCUGGCUCUCCUUUAGCUGCAACUGCACUGGGCUCUGUACUUCGUACCAAGACUAGCGUCGAAGAGUGGAAGGCUAUAUCAUCUAGAAGCAGCAUUUGCACUUUGGAAACUGGAAUUCUGCCAAUAUUAAAGCUUAGCUACAAUGACUUGCCAUCACACAUGAAGCAAUGCUUUGCCUUUUGUGCUGUAUUUCCAAAGGAUUACAAAAUUGAUGUGGACAAGCUGAUCCGACUAUGGAUCGCAAAUGGCUUUAUCCCAGAGCACAAGGAAGAUAAUCUUGAAACCAUUGGAAAACAUAUUUUCAUUGAGCUUGCCUCAAGGUCAUUCUUUCUGGACAUAAAGGAAAGUAAAGACUUCGGGGGGUAUUAUUCCAUGAGGUAUUAUCCCAGAACUACAUGUAAAAUCCAUGAUCUCAUGCAUGAUGUUGCAAUAUCUGUUAUGGAAAAGGAAUGUGUUGCUGGAACUAAGGAAUCAAAUCAAAACGAGUGGCUUCUAGAUAAUACUCGUCACUUAUUUUUGUUGAGUAGAAAUAUAGAAGGUAUUUUGAAUCAUUCUAUGGAGAAACGAUCCUCUGCUAUCCAAACACUAUUAUGCAAUAAUGUUGUCUGGAGCUCACUACAUCAUCUAUCAAAGUACAGCUCUUUGCAUGCCUUGCAAAUCUGUAUGAGAACAGAAAUAUUUCUCCUGAAACCAAAGUAUCUGCAUCACCUGAGGUACCUUGAUCUCUCAGAAAGUCGUAUCGAAGCACUUCCUGAAGAUAUAAGUAUUCUAUAUAAUUUGCAAAUGUUGGACCUUUCCAACUGCUCUGAUCUUGUUCGACUUCCGAGGCAAAUGAAGUAUAUGACUUCCCUCUGUCACCUCUACACUCAUGGAUGUUUUAAAUUGAACAGCAUGCCUCCAGAACUCGGAAAACUCAUUAACCUACGAACACUUACAUGUUUUGUAGCAGCAAUUACUGGCACUGAUUGCAGUGAUGUUGCAGAGCUGCAGCAUUUAAACCUAGGUGGUCAGCUAGAGCUACGUCGGGUAGAGAAUGUUAUAGAGUUGGAGGCAAGAGUGGCAAAUCUUGGAAACAAAAAGGAUCUCAAAGAACUGACUUUAAGAUGGAGUUAUGUUCGGGACAGCAAUGUGCUCGACAAUUUUGAACCACAUGAUAGAUUGCAGGUUCUGAAGAUAUAUUCCUAUGGAGGCAAGUGGAUGGGCAUGUUGCAAAACAUGGUGGCCAUCCAUCUUUUUCAUUGUGAAAGAUUGAAAGUUUUGUUCAGGUGUGGUACAUCCUUCAGUUUUCCUAAACUGAAGGAGAUUACGCUGGAACAUCUGUUGGAUUUUGAGAGAUGGUGGGAAAGAAAUGAGAGGCAAGAAGAACAAAUAAUAUUUCCUGUGCUUGAUAAGUUGUUUAUUAAGUAUUGUGGAAAGUUGACGGCGCUGCCAGAACCAUCCUUGCUUCAAGAACCGUGUGGUGGAGGUUAUAGGUUGGUACGCUCACCAUUUCCUGCCCUAAAGGUACUUGAAUUGGACAAUUUGGAGAGCUUCCAGAGAUGGAAUGCAGUUGAAGAGUCUCAAGGAGAACAGAUAUUGUUUCCUCAGCUUGAGAAACUAAUAAUUCAGAAAUGUCCAGAGUUGUUAGCAUUACCAGAAGCACCAUUGCUUCAAGAACCGUGCAGUGGAGGUGGUUAUAGAUUGGUGCGCUCAGCGUUUCCUGCCCUAAAGGUGAUCAAAAUGAAUGACUUGGAGAGCUUUCAGAGAUGGGAUGCUGCUGCUGAAAGAGAAUAUAUACUGUUUCCUUUGCUUGAGGAACUAUCCAUUCAGAAAUGCCCAAAGUUGAUAGAUUUACCUGAAGCACCAAAACUCAGUGUAUUGGAAAUUGAAGAUGGCAAGCAAGAGAUAUUCCAUUGGGUAGAAAGAUAUUUGUCUUCGUUGACCAAUCUGGUAUUGAAGCUAGAGUACACAGAAACAACAUCAGGGGCUCAGUGGACUUCAAUUGUACCGGUGGACAGCAAGGAGAAAUGGAACCAGACAUCCCCUAUUGCAGUUAUGAAGUUAGACUGCUGCAACUCAUUCUUUGGACCAUGUGCACUAGAGCUGUGGGACUAUUUUGUACACCUUGAAAAGUUGGAAAUUGGUAGAUGCAAUGUGCUCGUCCACUGGCCACGGGAAGUGUUCCAAAGCUUGGUAUCCUUGAGGAGGUUAGCAAUUACACACUGCCAAAAUCUGAUUGGAUAUGGACCGCCUCUUCCUGGGCCAUCAGCAAUAAGGAGUCAUCAUCUACCAGGUCUGGAGUCUCUUCUAUUGAAAAAUUGUCCAUGUUUGGUAGAGAUGUUCAACGUCCCGGCAUCUCUCAAGAAAAUGAAUAUUUAUGGGUGCUGUAAGCUUGAGUCCAUUUUUGGCAAGCAGCAGGGCAUGUCAAAGUCAGUUCAUGGGUCUUCUUGCAGUGAGGCAAUCGUGCGCACUGCUGUAUCACCCGCGAAUCACUUUUGUCCAUGCCUAGAAGAUCUAGAGUUACUUGGCUGUGGUAGUUUACCAGCAGUUCUACAUCUCCCUCCAUCCUUAGAGACCAUCUUUAUAGCUAGCUGCUUUAGUAUUCAAGUCCUGACAUGUCAGCUAGAUCAGCUCCAGAAACCACAAGUCGUUGCUUCCAUCAAUGUACCAGAGCCAUCAUCGGCAGCAGCAAGCAAGCAUUCACUUCCUCCUCGUCUCCAAUCUCUAAAAAUAUACUCCUGUACUAACAUGUUGGGGGGGAUUCUCCUGCCCACGUCCCUCAAGGAACUGUGCAUUAGUAGUAACAUGUGGUUGACAUCUUUGGAGUCUCUGUCAGGAGAGCACCCCCCAUCGUUGGAAUCCCUUUUGCUUCAUAGAUGCGGAACCCUUGCAUCACUGCCGAAUGAGCAGCAAGCAUACGGGUCUCUAAAGUGGCUUAGAAUUACAGGUUGUCCUGGUAUAAAGAAGCUCCCUAGAUGCCUGCAGCAGCAACUGGGCAGCAUUGACGACAAAGAACUGGAUGCCCAUUAUUUAGUAACGGAAUUUAAACCAUUUAAACCGAAGACAUGGAAGGAAAUACCAAGACUUGUUCGUGAGUGGAGGCAGCCUACCGAAAUUGGUGAUCAGUCAUCUUCUUCAGAUGCAUUUACUUCAGAUGUAUCAGAUCCUUCAAUGAACACCGAAAUUGGUUAA